AUGUUUAACAUACUUAGCCUAAUAUUCACUACGAUAAAUGCUUUAAUACCAGGACUAUACACCAUCAAAGCACUUGACCAACAAAUAGAGUUUCAACCUAGCUCAUAUCAGUUUCUACUCAAUUAUUGGCUAUACUACAUCCUACUAAAUCUUAUCGCAUCGACCUUGUUCAAUGAUUGGGGGUUAGUUCAUCUCGGUGCUAAUUUAAUCAAGUGUUGGCUAUUCUAUAGUGGUGAGAACAACAUCGUAUUGGUUAACCAUGUGUUGUUGAGAAAAUUUUGUCAACGUAUCAGGCAAGGUGAGGUGAUGAUUCUGCAUGUGUUGAGUAGAGUGGUUCCUCAAUUUGGUGAUUUAAAUUAUCAAGUACAUAAUUUUGGAGUCAAGUAUGCGCAACCUGUCGAAGAAGAUGUAUCUAUUGAUGGAGAAGCAAUCAUGGAACAAGCUUGGAAUCUUUUGCGAAUUUGCCAAUCUGUCCUUGUUGCUGCAACUACGUCAGCAAGUAUUGAAGGCACAUCCCCUAAAUCAACACCAGAAGGAACCCCACCAAAGAAGCUUCGAAAGUUGCGUAAUGUCAAAUCGUUUACUUCGUUAAAUUCUCGACAGAAUUCUCAUUCCGAUUUGAAAAAUAUAAAACAGGAAAGACAAACACCACUGGGGUACCUUAAUAAAUUCUUUGCGUUGAACUUACAACGACCUCCAUCACCAGGAUUUGAUCAAAUUCAGCAAAAGAAUAGAAAUUCAAGCUCACCUGCUGCUCCCACUUUAAGUAACCCAACAAGUAAUGGUGACGGUGGCCGUGGUAAUGGCCAUGUUGCCAAGGUCAAGAGAAGAUCCAAAUCUGGAAGCGAGUACGAUUUGGGAGUUCCUUAUUUGGGCGUCAGACAAUCGCAAAUGCAAAACACUAGAGACGACGAGCGACAAUAUCAGUAUCAAGAACAACAGAAUCCCAACUUCUUGCAACCUAGAGAGCCUAGAGAAAAUGGACAUAUGAAACAGCGAAGCAGGGGACAGUUUGCAACAAAUUACAACUCCCAUCAACAUCAGCAAGGGCAGAUGCAACCACAAUUCGUAAUCGAAAAUAGACAGGCUAGCUAUACAACUCAAGCUGGAUCAAAUGGGAACUAUGCUGCAUCAAGAGAUCGAAAUACUGGUGUUAGAGGGAAUGAUGGAUAUAGAGUUAGUUCACGUGGAAUGAGACAUAUGCAGGAUGAAUUGGGGCCGAAUGGUGGCAGUGGGCAACUUCGAGGACCAGGUAAAUUUGAUGAGCUACCUGCUGUUCCCACUCCCUCAAUGGUGAUCAAAUGA